CGCGAGUCCACGCGAGUGGGGACGGGGACGUCAUUCCAUCCGGUCAACCAGAUUGUGAGGAAUGAAAUCUAGAGAUACGGCUCGCCCCUUGUGAGAUUUCGGAUCACCAUCCGCCGGCUUCCUCUCCCGACCGAUCCCGCUUUUCCCGGAACGGGUAGGGCCCAUCUAGGUAUAACAAUGAUGAAAAUCCCCUGAGAUCGGAGAGGUGAGACCGCGUUGUUCUCCAAGGCUAUAUAUCUUGAUCUCUCGGAUUGCCAAGGGCUUGUCAAGUCAGUCAACACAAUCGACCCAGCCCUGAAUGCGACAGCCGGCAUCAUGGGCUUGAAAUUUCACCACCUCUAUGCCUCUCCCGAGGUCAACCCAGCCAGCCUCAAAGCCCGGUCGAUCCCAUUCUUCAACCCGGUCGACAUCUAUGGCCGUGUCUUCUUCUUCUCAUGGUUCGGCUUCAUGGUCGCUUUCUGGGCAUGGGCAGCAUUCCCCCCGCUGUUGACCAAAGUCAUCCAGAAGGAGCUUGGCUUAACGCCUGCUGAGGUCGCCAAUUCAAACAUCAUAUCCCCAUGUGCUGCACUUCUCGUCCGACUCGUUGCCGGACCCCUAUGCGACCAAUUCGGCCCUCGGAUAGUCUUCGGAGGCCUGCUCCUUGUGGGCUCCAUCCCCCUUGGCCUCGCGCCCCUUGUACAUAAUGCCGCUGGCCUGUACGUCAGCCGCUUUUUCAUCGGGAUCCUCGGGGGCGCCUUUGUCCCCUGCCAAGUCUGGUCGACUGGCUUCUUCGACAAAAAUAUCGUCGGCACAGCCAACGCUCUCGCGGGUGGCUUCGGCACGGCCGGCGGCGGCAUCACCUACUUCGUUAUGCCGGCCGUCUAUGACGCCUUCGUGUCCUACGGCCACACGGCCGGCGAAGCCUGGCGCCUGGCCUUCAUCGUGCCCCUGGCCGUGGUCAUCACCACGGGCACGGCGCUCAUUGUGCUCUGCCCAGACACUCCGACGGGCAAGUGGAGCGAGCGGCACCUGGCCAACAGCACCCCCGACGACGGCAGCCCGUCCCACAACAUGACCCCCGCGAAUUGCAGCGUUAUCGACGUGCCGGGUCGCAUCACCGACAAGCUCCCUUCCCCAACCGCCCCAAGUCUCAGCCUGUCCUCUCGACAGGAUCCAGAAAGCGGCAGACAGAAACCCUCCGAGAAAAACUCCCAUCUUGCGAACCACAAACCCAUGCUAGACCCGGAAUCCCAGCUGCCCAUCAUCACCCUGGCGACGGCAGCCAACACCACCAAGUCCGAAGUCGUCCAGAAACCCACACUAUCACAAGCCAUCCGCGUGGCCUUCUCCCCGCAAGCCAUCUUCCACUUGCUCACCUACAUGUGCUCCUUCGGGUCCGAACUAGCCAUCAACAUGAUCAUUUCCUCCUACUACGUGAAAAACUUCCCCUCGCUCAGCCAAACUUCAGCAGCCACCUUUGCCGCGCUGUUCGGGUUCCAAAACUUUGUCACGCGGCCCCUGGGCGGCGUCGUGUCGGACCUGCUGUACAACUACUGCGGCCGGUCGCUGUGGCUCAAGAAGCUGUGGAUCGUGUCGUGCGGCGUGCUGGCGGGCGUGUUUUUGAUCGUGACGGGCCGACUGGACCCGCACGGCGAGGGCGCCAUGUUCGGCCUGGUCGCCGUCGCGGGGGUCUUUUUGCAGGCGGGCAACGGUGCGAACUUUAGCCUCGUGCCCCAUGUCCACCCGUUUGCCAAUGGGAUUCUGUCCGGGCUGACGGGUGCCGGGGGAAACUUUGGCGGCGUGGUGUUUUCGGUCAUUUUUCGCUUCAUGGAUGGUGGUACCAACUAUGCUAAGGGGUUCUGGGUCAUUGGCGUGGUCAAUUUGGUGGUUUGCUUGGGGUUGAGCUGGAUUCCGCCGCUUCCCAAAGGGCAGGUUGGUGGGCAUUAAGGACAUUUUUCGUCUUUU